AUGUGUGGGCUCCUAUUGUGCCCAGGUCUUGAGCUGCGUUCUAGAGGUGAAAAGGUCGGGCCCCUACAGGUGGGCGCUUUCGAGCCCCGGGCCAACGUGCGGGCCCCGCGCCCGGCUGCCGCCGCGGCUCGUCCCCUCCAGGCCCGGACGCCGCCGCGGGCCGUGCCGGGUAGGGCGCUCCGGGAGCUGCGCGGCGGCUGCUCGAGGAGGCCUGGCGGGCGGCGGCGAGAGGCUGUGCCCCAGUUUGUGUCCAAUCAGGGAGUGCGGGCUGUGCCCCGAGCCGGGCAGCAAUGCGUAAACAAACCCACGGCAACUCCUCCGCCCCCUCGGCGCGCUCGCCCCGCGCCCGCCGCCGCAGCAGCCGCCGCCGCCGCCGCCGCCGCCGGCUCUGCUCCGGCAGCGCCUUCUCCGAGGAGGGACGAGCCGAGGCGGCGCUCGGGCCCUUCCCCCCGCCCGGAGCCGCGCGCCCCGGCGCCUAGUUGGGGGGCUGGGGGCUCGGGGCGCGAGCAUCCAGUGGAGGCCGGGAGUCGGGCCCCGGCAGCGCGCGUCGCUUCCGUUUUGAUUAGCUCGGGUUAUUAUAUAAGAUGUCACGGAGAGGAAAGGGGCGAGCGGGCGGCGCGUUGGCCUUCCGCGAGGGGCGGGGAGGGGCGGGAGUCACGGCGAGCGGGGACCCACCUGUGCGCCCUCCUCGCCCCCUGCGGGUGUUGCCCGCGCGCCUGCCGGGGACGGGGAGGUGCGGGGCGGCGGCCGGGUGGACCGACGUGCCCGCAGCUCCCCUCCCGGCCCCGGGAACAUUCGGGCAGUGGCCGAAACGUGCUGUUUCUUCUCCGCCGCCUUGCCUGGGUCUACUCGUUUCUGGCUCUGGGCGUUUGUACUUUGAAAUAUUUGUUUAAUAUUAAAGAAGCUGCGUGUGUGGCCGUCCUAGUGCGCUCGGAACGUGUGGCCGUGGGCUCCGGGGCGGUUAAUGAAUCAUCGCCCCGCAGACCAGGCGCCGAUGAUUCCUGCGGGGUCCACCCCGCGCAUACUCCCGGUGUGCCUCUGACCCAGGGACGGCGACCCUUCCUCGGCGGUGACGCCUUGGAGGGCCGCGGGAGAGGGAAUGCAAAAGGGCGGCGGCUUAUUUUUCCCCCUCCUCCCGCAAUUUGGGGGAACUUUGGGGGUGGCAGAGUCCCCACAUUUCCCGAGGCUUGUUUCCCGUUGUUAGAAGAGUUAACAAGAUUCCACCUGGCUGUGUUGAUGAGUCGGUGGAGGAGCGCUGAUUCGCUGCAGGGUUGGAUCGUCUCUCAUUCAGAAUCUGGAUGGCUCUGAAGGAAUCCUUCUAAAGCAAAAUAACUAAGACUGCAGUGUUGAUGAUGACUUCGUAUAGUAGUCAAAGGUCUUCUUGGAAAUACUUGAACAUUAUCAAGGCAAAUACCUUUCAGCUCAGGCCACCGUAGGCUAGAUUUGAAGUCGCAAGAAGGAGUCAAUGAAAACAGCUUUACUGCAUGAAAACAACCUGUAUUUUCUUCAAUUAUAAUCUAGUGUUCUAAAUUCUACCAUCUUUUAAGGCUUAAUUAAUGAGUCAAUAAACCAGAAGUAUUUUGUGGUAUCCAGAAAAGGAUUCUGUUUUGUUUUUUAUGCUUUUAUGAUUAAGACAGAAAAUGAUGGUAAACAUUAAAAGAAUUGGGAAAGUAUCUUAGCUAAUCAGAUGCAUCGAUUAAAAACAGAAAAGGUGUAAAUGUUUCAAAAAUUGAUAAGGAAAAAAAAACUGAUAAGGAAAGGAUCAUCUUUUGGGGGCAGUUUCUGUGGUUGUAAGAUUGAGUUAUUGGGAUUUAGAAAUUUGGUGGACUGGACCUGUGUUUACUGUCUGUCCCUCCUGAAGCACCACUAUAGUGAUGGUAAACAAGAGAUGGGAGACACCAACACAUUUUUGGAGGAUGAAAAGCAGACAGACCUGUGGCAACUGACUUAGUGUAGAGUGGAAAAAGUUGAUACCUAAGUGCCCUUAAAGGAGAUUGGGAAUAGAUACUGGGAAGAAACAGCCAAUUUAUCCCUCAGAAUCCCAGAAGGGCUCUGGAAUUAGAGGCUCUGGAAUAGGGCAUGGGGCUGAAAAUAAGGGAUUGAUUAAGAGUUCAUAAAAGGAACUAGACUCUCAGUUCACUUUCCCCAUCCCAUAUAGCAAGAGGAAGUCCUGGACAUUUUUUCUCUGGAGAAACUGAAAUAUAUUAACAGUUCUGGAUUUAGGGAUAGCAGAAAAAAAGAAAAAAGAGGGUAAGGGUGAAAUUCUGAACUGAAAACAGAGGAAUUUAAUGAAAUUAUGCAUACCAAACAGUGAGACCUGGUGUGUUCUUUUUAACCCACCCGCAAUCCUAGGAUAGCCAGGUAAUCACCAACCCAGGCAGCAUAUUGAGGAACUCUUUUCUGGGCAAAGUGAACAGCCCUAGAGAAAAGACCUACAGAUACUGAUAUAUGAGGUCCCACAAUGAGAAAACUGACUUACUAUCCAUUCUUCCUAUGGUGAACCCUCAGCAACAACCCACCUCCCCCUAUUCUGUGAACAUGGAACUUGCAACCAGUUUUUUAGUACCUUAAAUACAAAUAGUCAGUGAAUAUGAGACAUUUGAAGAAAGCAUUCAAGAAGAAAAAAGGCAGGAACCAGAACAAAUGAGAAAAAAAUCAUGGAGGAAACAGAAAUGCAAAAAGAAGAAGAAAAAUUGAAAUAAUCAAAAUCAAUCCUCCUAGAAUUAAUAAAAUAAGAACUGGGCUGUAAAAAAGUAAUAAUUAGAGAAUAAGAAAUAGGUCUUGGAAACUAAAAAUAAGAUGGCAAAAAAAAAGUCAUUGGAAGGACAGAAGAUAAAGUAGAAACAAACGCAAAAAGGAAAAAGAGGGAAAAAGUAGAAUUAGAGGGUCAGUUGAUCAGGUAUUAUAUCAUAUUAAUAAGAGUUCCAGGCAGAGACUACAAAAAUAAAAUAAAAAUAAAUCAAACAAAAGUUUACAAAAAAGAAAGAAAAAAAAAAGAGAUUACAGGGAAAAGUAAAGGAGAGGAAAUUACCACAGACAUAAUACAGGAUAUUUUCCCAGGACUGGAAGACAUACAAUUAUAGAUUAAAAGAGUUCACAAAAUAGCCACAUGAGUGAAUGAAAAAAGAUCCACACGAUCCGUGUAUAAGACACAUCAUUGUAACGUUUUGAAUACUAAGGAAAAUGGGAAUAAGCUAAAUUCUGUGGAGGAUAGAACAGAUCACAUACAAAAUGAUUGGGAAUUGUAAUGGCACCUAAAGAACAAUGGAUUAAUUCUUUCAGAAUUCUGAGGAAAAUUAUUCUUAAUCUAGAAUUU